GACCUUGGACACCAUGUGGGUGGUUCCCCUCUAAUCAGGGACUGAGUUUGACCUGGGACACCAUGUGGGUGGUUCCCCUCUAAUCGGGGACAGAGUUAGCCCUGGGACAUCAUGUGGGCGCAAUUCAUUAUUAGGUAGAACAGAAAACCAUCAGGCUCCUCGUAGGGUAAGAGUUGAAUACGUCUGCCCUAGAAUAUAAAGCAGGGUGCCGAACUCAAUUCCUGGAGGGCAGAGUGUCUGCUGCUUUUCACUCCUCCCUUGUACUUUACUGCCCUCCAGGAUUUGAGUUUUUGUCAUCCUUGAUAUAGAUAAUCAACAUUUACAUUACACACUAUUAUAGGCCUACAUCUUUUUAUUCCAAGACAUUUUAAAUGGAUUGUCAGUAAUCAAAAUGGCUACCAUUUCUCCAAUCCUUUUACACAUAUAGGUCGUGUUCCCCUGAUCAGAUGUUGCAUGCAUCAACCAAUGGUUGCGAGCUAUGUCAUCGACUGUGCUCGGGUACCAGAUUGCUAUAACGUGGUUAGCUGAUAAGCAUUGUAUUCUGUAGUGUUAAGAAUUCCCUUCAGUUCAACUAAGGGGCAUGGCUCAAACCAUGAAAAACAGCCCCAGACCAUUAUUCCUCCAUCAAACAUUACAGUUGUCACUCUGCAUUCAGGCAGCGUUCUCCUGGCAUCCGGCAAACCCAGAUUUGACCUGAGAGAGCUUUACACCUCUCCAGCCGACGCUUGGCAUUGUGUACUCGGCCAUUGGAACCCAUUUCAUGAAGCUCCCGACGAACAGUUAUUGUGCUGACGAUGCUUCCAGGGACAGCUUGGAACUCGUUCGCGUUGCAACCGAGGACAGACGAUUUUCACGCACUUCAACACUCAGGGGUCUCGUUCUGUGAGCUUGUGUGGCCUACCACUUCGUGGCUGAGUCGCUGUUGUUCCUAGAGGUUUCCACUUCACAAUAACAGCACACGCAGCUCUAGCAGAGCAGAAAUUUGACGAACUGACUUGUUGGAAAGGAGGCAUCCUGUGUGGAAAGUCACUGAGCUCUUCGGUAAAGGCCAUUCUACUGCCAAUGUUAAGCUAUGGAGAUUGCAUGGCUGUGUGCUCAAUUGUAUACACCGGUCAGCAACCGGUGUGGCUGAAAUAGCCAAAUCCACUAAUUUGGGUGUCCACAUACUUUUGUAUAGCGUACGUAAAAUACCUAUCCAGGCAUUGUAAGAUCUGUUAUGCGUCGGCAACGUCUGAGCCGAGGAACGCGACCAAACAGUAUGAAAAAAGAGUGGCGUGAGCAUGUCAAUCAAUGAGGUUAUUGAUUAGCUGAAAUGCUAGCACCUGGUUGCACUUGCCAGCUGGUAAUUAAAGAUGGCUGCCAAGUGAAGUAACAAACCUCUGUGCUCAGGUAGGUCGGCCAACACAACACACACACCUGAAUACCUGUUAAGCUCGUUACCAUUCGUUAACACAGAUGGCGUCUAGAUGUGGGCAGGGACGGGCAGCAGGGUCCCAGAGGAGACGACAGGAGAGCUCAGACCUCCAGGACACAUACCUCCUCCAUGGGGAGCCCAGCCUUGCUCUCAGUAACCUGUCUCUCCAUGCCUCCUGGUGGUCUGGCAGGGACGAGCACAGAGAGACAGGGCCCUCUCUUGGCAGGGACGAGCACAGAGAGACAGGGCCCUCUCUUGGCAGGGACGAGCACAGAGAGACAGGGCCCUCUCUUGGCAGGGACGAGCACAGAGAGACAGGGCCCUCUCUUGGCAGGGACGAGCACAGAGAGACAGGGCCCUCCCUUGGGGAGCAACUGGUUGAGAGAAAUCAGCACGUUGCCAGACUACAGGAUGCACUGAGACGCGAGAGAGAGAAGGGUUCCAGCCUGCAGUGUCGGUGUAAUCAGCAGGGGUCAGAGUUGAGGCGUAGAGAGCAGCACAGCGCCAGACUGAAGGAGAGACUAACCCAACUUGCAGAGAGACACAGAGAGAGAGGCGCCUCCAUGGAGCUGUUGAACCCGGUGCCCAGAGGUCAGGUGAAGAGGGACAGACCAGCCAGGACCAACGGAAGGAAGGAGGAGGCAGCGCUACGUGUGAUGCUGGAGCGGCGAGAGGCGGAGUUAAGGGAGGCCAUGAAGCUCCGACACAAACUCACCACGCUACUGCACGCGCUCAGAGCAGACAUGGAACGGACCCUAUUGGACACUGUGGGUGACCAGGAAGAGGACCCAGACAGCGCCAAGAUGCUGGUCCAGUCAGAGGAGGCCCUGGGCGAACAUGUGACAGGGGGUGUGUUCCAGGGAUGGAAGAGUGUGCAGAGGAGACUAGGGGACCUCCUGAGUCAGGGUCACGUGGCUGUGGGGACUGACCAGGAUAAGCUCUUGGCCCAGCUAGAGACAGAGUUGGAUCAGAGUCAACAGUUGGUCAAACUGCAGCAGCAUCUACUACAGGACAGUGUGAUCACUCCGGUCCCGGCCGCUCUGACAGACUGCUACUUCCUGGAAGAGUGGGAGCGGCUUCAGGACAGCUGGGCGGAGCUAGAACACCAGAAGCGGAGCUUCCAUAGGGAGAGACGGGCCUUCACCGACGCCGCCAUCCGAUUGGGCCACGAGAGACGUGAGUUUGAGCAGCAGAGGGCCUGUGUGGUGAAGCAGCAGUAUCUGUUUGACUCUCCGUUGGGGAGGACGUUGCAGCGUCACAACAGGAGAGAGAGCACCGUCCUCAAUCUCUCAGAUUCUGAUCACAUGAUCUUGUCCGGCUGCCGGCCGGCCACGCCCUCCUCUGCCGAGUCUGGGAUCAUACCCUGGUUAGGGUCAUCGGGGUCUCUGCAGGUUCAUGGCAAGGUCAAAGUUCACACGCCCAGCACCCCAGAGCUCUACUCUGCCCUCCAACUGCCCUACAGCUGCAGGUCCAGUGAGAGUGAUGCCCAGUCAGAGUGCUGGGAUGUGGGGGCAGAGAGGCUCCAGUUUGCCCCCCCUGGUCCUCACCUGGACGGGUCAUUUCAGUAGUAUUGCUGUUUAUAUGUCGUUUCCAUUGUGUGUUUUUUUAUAAUUUUGUCUGUUUCAGUUGUAUGUCGUUUCUAUUGUGUUUUAUGAAAUCGUUUUUCAAUGUGAUUAAUAAAGAUGAAUUGUUUGACACGUUCCUUC